AUGGCAGAAGAGGAAUUGCAGGGCUUCAGAAAGAUUUUUUCACAGCAUGGCCAGGCAGAACUUGAAGAUGAUAAGCAAUAUCUUCAAGCCGUCUACAAGGACGAAUGCGAGAUCCUCUGCAUCAGCAGUCCUCGCUCAAAUCAGAAUCUGGAUCACGGACUUGUGCACGGCUGGAAUCAGACUACCAACUGUGUUCCAAUCUGUUCCUACGUCCAUCCGGACAACUUUAAUACCAAAGGAUGGGCCUUGCUACAUCAUGCCGUAUUUCUUACGUAUCCUCAUCACGAUGCCAAAGGAACACUGACCUGGGUAAGAAUGGAGGCUGCAAUAAAGUUUUGGGUCAUUUUUACGUUAAGGGGUGGCGAGAACAAUCAAAUUGGUCUACAGGAUCUUUCAGUUCGACUUGCAGAUUAUGUGAAGCACAAGUUAUGGAUUCACAAACAUUGUGAUGGACAAAGAAUACUUCCUCCUGGCGUGGUACAUGGUGUUUAUACACCAGUACCAUCAUUUGCCACUGGCGGGCACUUUUACAAUUACUCGUGCAUGCACCUGAUGGAACUAUCAAGGUAUAUUGACACUGAAGUUGAAGGAUCUGCGACAAACCAGGCUAUGGAUCACGCGUUAGAGACCUUGAGACGUAUGGUUAUUAUGCUUCCAUAUCUGUCACCGAGAGUAGGCAGGCAAUAUCGGGCAGCUGGAAGCAACGCGAAGUCUGUGGAGGACACAGAAACUGUGGCUCCAUGCUUUGAUAUCAUUCAGAUUGUUUAUCAAUUCCUUGGAAUCACAAAGCGCAAGCGUGCUGGAGAUGUGCUGUACACAGGUGAUCAGCUUUACCCAGGUAUCUUAGUUGAUCAUGUGGAACUACUACGAGCAUUCAAAGACAAUCUCGACCUAUAG